UGCUUUAUAAACCCAGAGAUUCCGUCUCACAUCCUCAUCGGUGCUGAGCGAUCAAACCAGCCACGAAGAUGAUGAUGCUGCAGAAACCACUCCUGCUCCUGGCCGCUCUGACUCUCUGCUGCUGCAUCACCUCUCUGCACGCUUUUCGCAGGCGGGGGUGUCACUGCAUCCGGACGACCACCGAGGAAGUGCCUGCUAAGUGCAUCAAGAAAAUUGAGGUGUUCCCUGUUUCGGGACAAUGUCGCCGGACUGAAAUCCUGAUCACAAGGAAAAACGGCUACAAAGUGUGUGUGGACCCAGAAGUGAAGUGGGUCCUCUCCCUGCUCAAAAAACUGCAAAGAAACGAGACCUUGGAAAGAACCAGUGUUUCAACCAACCCUUCUUCAAAACUCGACUUCUGAUCACAUUCUGUGGCUUCGUGUAACUUGAGGAAUUCACUGUAGGAGAGUGGAUUCGUGGUCCAAGU